AGGAGUGGACUUGUGGAAACGCAACCUCGCGCUGCUGACGCCCUUCCUGCUUCAACCCGAGGUGCAGCUGCUCGGCAUUCGGAGGCUGAGGGGGCGCAGCGCUGAUGGUGAUGAGGCGGGGGCGGUGGUGGUGCGGGCUGAGUGGCGGCUGCGCACCCUGCUGCGGCUGCCCUGGCGGCCGCUCAUUGACAUCGGGGGAGCCACCGAGUACACGCUGAACGCUGAGGGCAACCGCAUUGUUCGGCACGUGGAGUCCUGGAGCGUCAGUGGAACGGAGGCCUUGCUCCAGAUGUUCCGACCGUCCAAGCCGCCAACGCAGUAGCAACAUACAUGCUGGGAUACCAGCACACCAACCCCCC